AAAUAAUAAGUUUUAAAUUUGAUUUGCUUAAAUAAAUAAGCAUAAAUAUUAAUUGAGUAGUUACAAAUACCUGCGUUUGGCGUGACAUCUCUUGGAAGAAAUUGGAAACUAAAAUGAACAAAGAGAGCUAGCUAGCCACUGCUAGAAAUUAAGGUUGUGUUUUAUCUCUGUCGUACGAGCGUGAACGUGCAGAGAGCGAAUGAGAGGGCGUUCAGACUUUCAGCCAUCAAUUCAUAACCAUCUUUCUUUCUUGUGCAACUAUUUCUCGUCGGUCGAGGACUCGAGGUCUAGGAUCUAGCGCGAUCGCAGAAUGGACGCCAUUUGUGCGAGAUAAAUCGAGUCGAGCUGUAAUUCGCGUCAAUAGUGGGUGCGACGAGUGGCGGGCUGCGGGCGUGGAGUAGCCAAUACUUAUGCUAUAUGAGUGAGUGGUGCGUUGUGUCCUCGGUGUGGUGUGGAGUGUCCUGUGCUCGGAGUGGCAGUGAAGAGUGGAGAACGGCGGCGGGAGGCAUGGCGGGCGCGAGCUGAUCGGACGGGCGCAGUGUUCGCUCGCGCUCCGCCGGCCCCAUGCGAGCUGCGGACGUUUUAUGGGUGCAUGCCUGAGCUGCCGGCGCCGUGAGCGAAAGGCACCCGAAAAGCGUUGGGUGCCGGGCGCGGUCGGGCCUGCUAAGGGCGCGGCGGCUGAGCGUCUCCCCCGGCGCGCCUUGUUACGAGCCAUGGCCAACUCCAUUUCGAACAUCAAGAUGACGAACCCUCUGAAAAACAUGGUCAGCAAGCGCCGGAAACGAUAUAUGAAAGAUGGCUUCAAUUUGGACUUAGCUUAUAUAACAGACAGGCUGAUAGCCAUGGGUUUCCCAGCGGAGAAGUUGGAGGGCGUUUACCGGAAUCACAUUGAUGAGGUGUACAGGUUUCUGGAGCAGAUGCACAAGGACCACUACAAGAUUUAUAACCUCUGCAGCGAGAGGAAGUACGACUCCACGAAGUUUCAUGAUAGGGUGGAAAUAUACGCUUUUGAAGACCACACGCCGCCGAAUAUCGAGCUGAUCCAGCCGUUCUGCGAGUCGGUUCAUUCGUGGCUCAGUGCCGACACCAGAAAUGUGGCGGCAGUGCAUUGUAAAGCAGGAAAAGGCAGGACAGGAACAAUGGUAUGCUGUUACUUAUUGUACAGCGGGCAGAAGGCGACUGCAGAUGAAGCGUUGAAGUUCUAUGGCACUAAGAGGACUCACGACGAGAAAGGUGUGACGAUACCCUCUCAAAGGCGGUACGUGGAGUACUUCGCCUCGCUGGUUCGCUCGUCCCUCCACUAUACGGCCACUAAGGUGCACAUACGAGAAGUUGUGAUGUCACCGCCGCCUGCACUCUCCGCUGCCCACUGUACCUUGGAGAUCACUGUUGCGCAGGCGAAGUUGUCACUUAAGACGUGCCUGGGCAGUCACGAGACGCGACGCGGUGAGCGCUACGUGCGCGUGUGUCCACUCGCGUGCACGCCUCUGAGCGGCGACGUGCGCCUGGACGUAUACGCCAAGCAGAAGAUGAUGCGCAAGGAGAGGCUCUUCCACCUCUGGUUCAACACCUUCUUCGUCACCGCCUGCGUGGGCUCGCAGCCCGUGCCCUCGCCGCACGAUAGUCCGAACCUGGAGACCUUCAAGCUGACCUUAAAUAAAUGGGAGUUGGAUGACGCGCACAAGGACAAACAACACAAACUUUAUAGUGAGGACUUUAAGGUGGAGAUAAUAAUCCAGAAGCAACCAGAAACGUCAAAGUUUAGCGGUCACUGCGACAGAGCGCCUUCGCCCCAAUCCUCGACGGCUUCCUCGUGUUCGGAGCCCGACACAGAACCAGAUGCCCACUGGGACUCCGGCGCGGGUUGCGAACGCGUCGGUCGCUACCGCCCUCUGUCGCCGCUCUGCGCCGAAACCAACACGUGAAUCUACAUACUUGUGAUUGGCGAUUUUAACGACAUUGAUCCCUAACAAGGUGGCGUAGAGACAAAACUCCUAGUGAUCGAAAAACUUAGUGUUCUGUGUGUCUGUGUGUAGGUAUAGGCUUGUGCCAUCCCCUGGACUGAGCUAAUUUUAAGCAAUUUUUACAGAUUGAUUCUUAAUUUCGGGAUCAUAGACUGAGCCAGGCCUGACGUAUUACAGUGUCCACUGUAGAAUAUAGCUCGGUGACAGAUGUCAUAGAAUUUGCUCAAGUCUAUGUUUUAUGGAAUUUAGUGUUGCCGCUCUUUCUGGAUAAACGCGUGGCUCAGUUUAUAAUCUGUGUUAAUAAAUUUCCACUUGAUUAACUAAUAUUCGCUUGUGGUACGUGUCAUGGGAGUUUAUUUUUAAUAACUAAGAAAUGUGAAUAAAAGUGGUUAUGGUUUUUAUUGUAAUGUUGUGAAUAUAUCACCUGUCUGUUUAAGAGUCGAUCUGUCAAAAACGUACGAAUGUUGGGUGUGUGACCACGUGGUACUUGAUCGUGAUCUCGUGAUCACGGGUGACCAGUUUCGUGAUUGACCACGUGCGAGAGAUGUCACAAUUGCGUAUAAUGAGAUUACAGUUGUUUCUUAAUUUUGGUAUUUUUAUUGAAUUUCGUUACAAUUUGCAAAUGCAUUUUUAUAGGUUGACAAAUACACUCGUAUCAAAUUCAAUUCAGCGUUAUCACAAAAUCUGUCAAAUCGCAUGACAGUGACAGCUUGUCUAUACACAGUACUUUGAUGUGACAGCUGUUAUUUGCUGAAGUUUAAAUAAUUUGUAGUUAAAUUGGCUAGGAUAUAUUCGUGUUUUUAUUGUAAAUUCCAAAAACUCGAAAUCGUUUUACGAAAUGACUACAUAUACAUUGUAUGAAGGAGUACAAAAUCAUAUUAGUAAUUGUUUUAUAAUUUUAUAAUAUUUAAUUUAAAAUUUUCCCACCUGACCUCUCGAUAUUAAAUUGAAAACAUGCCUACAAUGGUAAAAAUUAUCCGACUAUUUCUUAUUUACCUAUCUAUCUCAUAAUCUACUGAACCGAUUUUGAUGAUAAUGAUUUUCUAUAUAGGUUUUUAAGUCUGGUACUCAUAUUUUGCAUACUUAACAAGUACCCUCAUAUAAUUAAAAACUGAAUAUUAAAAAAAACCUAUUAAGUAUUAGUCUCUAUCAAAUUAUGUUGUUGCUAUCAAAGGGACAGAAGUGCCUGUCUAACUGUGUUAAGUGUUCUCUCUAGGUCAGAUAUUAUUUUAUAUCUUCUGUAGCGGGUUUUGCGGGUAGAUGUGGCACAUAUUUUGAGUAUAAAGACUUUCUAUAUGAACAUUUACCAUUCGCUCGUAAACCAGCCUUAGACCCAAAAAGUCAGCGUAUCAAUCCGAUGCCUGAUCUAGGUGAACCUGCUUAUUAUAAAACACAUCUGAGGCCAGACCUGAAUGGUUGCAGCGUUACUGAUAUAUUCGAUUAUAUCUUCACAAAUUGAUCGCCAUUUUAAUAUAUUUAAAUCAUCAUUAUAUUAAUUUUCUAUAGGAAUUUUAAAAACACGAAUGUAAGUCGGUACAAGGCAUGUUUUUAUGUUUGUUGAGUAAUCGUUAUAAAUAUCAAUAAACAUUUUCUAAGUUCAAAGAUCUCAUUGACACCUGGCCGUGUCUACAGUUGUGUUGACGAACUGAUUGCAUAUACAUUGUUUAUGUGAUUUUUGGUAUAUAGCUAUUGAAUUAGCCAGGAGGUUGCUUCUCACCUGAUGGCAAAUAUCUUGGCAAUAUAAAAUAUAAAUUAAUAAUAUUUGAAUACUGCUUACUUUAUCCCCUUCGAUGUGGAAUGAAUUCUUCAACUGUAGACAUAGCUAUUUAAAAACGGUGGCCUAGUGAUAAAUUUCAUUCAUAAAAACUCGUUUUUUAUUAACAAUUAUUACUUAGAGACUACCCUCUACUAUUCUACCCACGUUUUUAAAUAUAGAAACAGUUUUUUUAGUUUCCGUUGUAAACGGGGCGUGAAGGCUGACAUCGGCCUAAGUGUCUCAAUUUUUGACACUAAAAAAAUCUACUUUGUUUAUUUACGCACUGAUAGACGCUGUCACGUGAGUAAUUGAUAGUGCUCUAAGAAGGUUAUCUGUGAAUGACCUGUCAGUGCGCAGGUUUAACGGGGACUACUUUUUAAAGGAUUUAGAAUUCUAAUGCAUCUUAACUAUUGACAUACCUACGGUAUUUUAUUUUGUAUAUUGUGUAAUUUUAUAAUUUUAUACUUGUGUGCCGCGUGUAACUUGAUGAGGCUACAUUUCUUCCGAGCAUGUUUUGCUAAAUUUUAGAGAAUUGAUUUUUGCAUGUUACUUAUGAGUUAUACGAUUUGAGAGCCAUCUUAAGUGAAAAAAAAACCUUAUUGUUCGAAGUUGUGCAAUUGCUGUUACGAAUGGUAAGAUGUGAGGCUGUAACUGACAGUUCGCUUGUGUCACAUUUGAACCUGAAGUUUGACAAUAGCAUCGGUGACGUUUAUUACUCAUAAAGCAGAUCUGUCAGCUGUUAAUUGCAUAUUGAGUGUGACAUGGAUUCAAAUUCAUAAUAAAUAAUGGGGUUUACGAAACAGCCACAGCAUGUAAGAUAAGUUGCUGAAUUUCUAAGCCAGCAGUCAGUGCGGACAUAGCCUUAUUGUUCUGAUUUCUAUGACGUUUAGGUUCGAUGAAUUGUUUGAAGCAAAAGUAACCUAGUGUAUGUGUUUUAUUUCAUAGGUUAUUUUUGUAUUGAAAUUCUCAGUGUUUGAAACGCACUCGUUGUGUAGUUUAUGAUCGGCAAAGGAGUUAGGCGUAGGUUAGGCGGUAAGGUAGGUUAGGAACGUCAUAGAAUCGUCCGAACGGAAUGCAGUGUUGAUAAAGGGGCUACCGACUUCCAAUUGUUUUAAUUUAUAAGUAUUAUCAUCACAAAAUUGUAAAAUAUUUAAACGGUUCGCCCCUUUGUUUAAAGUUAAGUGGGCUCAGCUGUCCCGAAUGCUUCCAGUCUGAAGAAUAUGUUUAAGUUUCAUCAAUUGUCUCAUUAAUUAGUUUAUAAUUUAUUUUUAAACGCUUUUCACGAAACCCGCGCGCGCCAUUUUGUUUUCGAAUUUGUAAAUAUAGAUUAUAUAAGUCGAAUAAAUGAAGCGAAUUUGAAUCUAUUUGGCGUCCGUAUUUUUACGCGUUUAUCAAGUACAAAUUUAGAUGUUAGUGCGUUGCUUUCUUUGAAAGUCAUGUUUAGUUUAAAUCCCCAUUCCAAGUAAUUUUGUUUUGCAUGAGAAUUCGUUAUCGGUCGCUCCCUUCCCCUUGUCCUUCAUCAAAGGUUUAGCUUUAAAGAUUGUUGUUUGCCUUAUAAGAAAAAUGUGAUCUUAUGACGAUUAUACUAGAAGGGUGUCGCUAGAGGCCCGAGCGCCAUCUUUCGAGCUGGGACUGAAGCAUGUUGAUUGAUAAUUACUUGAGUAUGUAAUUGUUUGAAGCUCCUGUUACUCGAACGGUGUGCGCUCGCGUCUCUAAAUGAAAGAAUAUGCCUUGUAUAAUGAUAACAAAAUGAAUUAUGUAAUAUAAGACUUGACAAUGGGCCGUGUUACUGUAGUCAGAGGAGUAAGUCAAUUGGAUACUAGCGCCGGAGCUACGCCCGACUUACAUUAUACCAAGCACUUCUAAAAUCCAUUAUAUUUUUGGAAGAGGAAAGCUAAGUUUUAAAGAUCUAAAAUCUUGAUUCACCGCUCAGAUGUAACUCGGUGCACUUGGGGCCUAAAUUUUAGGCUAACGGGUGUACAGUAAUUUAAACGAAACUGCUCAAAAAUCUCAGAUUUUUUUUUAUUGAAUUCCUAAGCGAGCGAAGCGCCGGCGCAUAAAUUUUUAUGAAUCGUAAAUUCUUAGUUUCACAAUAAUUAAAAUAAUAAAAGAACAUGUAAAUUUUUCUAAUCUUAGUAAGUAAAAGAUCUCAUAUGUCAUAUUUUUGUUUUGUCUUUUUUAUAUUUUGAUGAACUUCAGAAUAGUCGAGUUGAUUUAAAGACAACCUAUGUAAAAUAAAUAUAUUGAUGUAUAUA